CCUUCUCCUGUACGAGGCUUGCGAGCUUAUCCAAUGAAUCCCCGAGACUCUGAUGAGAAGGCUAUUGUACAUCUCAUUUGGAGGAGGCCGCGACGGCCGAAUGGAAAACUUCUCAAAUAUGUGAUUGAAUAUUGCCGUACUGAAAACGGAAGAGUAGUAGAAAAAGACUGUCCCAGACAAGAUGUUGACGCAGAUCGAACGCAGAUUCGCUUAUCUGGCUUGGAAUUCGAAACACCAUACCGAUUUAUUGUGAAAGCACAGACCAGUGCAGGAGAGGGCGAUCCAAACAGUGCUGACGCAUCGACGCUCCCUGAAGUUGUCGCUGCUGGAGGUUGGUACUUUAAAGCUUGUUCUGGGCAUUUCUGA